AUGCAAAAGACUUUAUUAAACGGAAAUCCUAGAUCCAGGCCGAGAAUUUCAAAGUUACUUGAAAACCCCCAAGCGACUGAAGCAUUGAGGACCGAUAUGACUGAGAUUUCUGAUUCGCUGAAUAGAUUGACCAUUUUAGAUGACUAUGAAUUUGGUCACUUUUUGGAUAAAGUCGGUACAACAGCAUCCAAAUUUCCUCCUGCAUAUGUCCACUAUAAGCUAUUGCCAGAGCUAGUUAAAUGUCUUGAGCUUGGUAAAGGCGGGAUUAAGGCUCUGACAACAAUUAUUGAGUUUGGUAAAGAUCUCCCAGAAGCUCAUUAUCAAAAAACUGUUACGCCCGUGAUUGUCAACUUGUAUGCAUCACCAGAUCGUGUUAUUCGGUUACAACUACUUCAAAGCUUGCCAGAUUAUAUUGAAUUUUUGGAUAGCAAAACUGUAUCCAACAAAAUAUUCCAACAUCUGGCUACUGGAUUCUCUGAUACAGAACCAGUAAUCAGAGAGCAAUCGUUAAAGUCUGUUCUUCAUAUUGUCGAUAAGCUAACAUCUAAACAAGUAAAUGGCGAUUUGUUGCGGCUUUUGGCAAAAACUCAGAAUGACACAAUCCCAGAAAUACGUGCCAAUACAACGAUAUUGCUGGGUAGAAUAUCCGAAAAGUUCUCACCGUCAACUCGAUCUGGCGUAUUGGUAGCCGCUUACACGAGGGCGCUUAAGGAUCCCCAUGUUCCUUCAAGAUUGGCAGCUUUAUUAGCUCUUGGGGCAUCUGUAGAAUAUUUCUCACCCGAGGAAUGUUGUUCCAAGCUUAUGGGUGCAGUGUGCCCUUCUUUAUUAGACAAAGACCCAACAGUCCGGACCCAGGCGGCCUCUACAGUAGACACCCUCUUAACUAAAAUCAAAAAUCGAGCGGAAUCGAUGAACAAGUCUGCUGUUCCCGGAAAUGAGAGUCAGGCAUCUGCCUCGACUAGUGAUCUGACAGGUAUGUAUUACAGCUUUAAAGCUUUUGGAGUUCCCAUAACUCUAGGAAUUUCGGAAUUAAACAAGUCGGCUGCAGCAGAGCAGGGUAUCGACGUCACUCGAGCUGUGUCUGCUCCUGCCGUGGAGUCUCAAACCUCAGUCAAUCCAUUGAAAGCUCGCGAAUCACCAGUAACUACAGACUUUAAUCCUUUCCAGCCUAAUCUUGCAGAUGAUUUCAACGAUGACCAUUGGGCUCCUCAAGAUGAUGAAGACAAUGAUGGUGCAUGGGGAUCUUUUAAUGACGAUUUCAAUCCUUCUCCCAAAGUGAGCAAGAAGCAGCCAAGUUCGGCCACAAAAGUCCAGAAGACGAAACCCAUCAGUGCAUCUAAAAUAGUCCUGACAAAAAAGGUUGCGUCUCUUUCGUUGGAACCUGAUGCUGCUGGCGAUGAUGAUGAGGUAGACGAGUGGAGCAACUGGGACUAG